UCUGGGGAUACUAUUACUUAACUUAAAAAAAGCUGCCCCUUGGGUGGGGUGACCCCCAAGGUGGGCUGUUGCUGGCUGCAUGGCUGUGAGCUCCACUUCCAUUCUUUCAAAAUGGCUUGUAACAGCACCACUUCCUGUCCAGGGAGGAAGUAAUUUUAGCCCAAGCAGUGAAAUAUUUAGCAAAUCUUUAAAACAAAAGGCACAAAUUACAUUCCUUUCUGGUUUCAAAAGGGUGCCUGAGCCACAUGGGGUUAAGGUGCCCCUUCAGCUGGGGUAGUUGGAAGAAGCCAGGGCUGUGGGGGGUAGCAGGCACCCUUUAGGUGGAGGCUCUCUCUUUUUUUGGUAGAAAUGAAGGGGUGGGUCUAUGGUACAUCACCUGAGUUGUGGGGUAAAUGUAGAGAGUGUCAAUCAAAGGCAGAGCUCAGAGCUGGGAAGGAGCUCUAGAUGGCGGCUGUGCCUUAGAGAGAGCGCGCUCAGCUCCGUGCCUUCCCCAACACUUUACGCAACUUUCCCUAACUUUCGGGCAGCCUCAGGGGGCCCCCACAGCCCCUUGCCUCUCCUAGGCACUAAUUGGGGGCCGAGUGGACCUUUUUCGGGCAGAAAAGCAGCUUUUGAGGGCUCCCUUUUCGUGCCUUGCUGGAAAGAAGAAGCCGUGGAGAGAGCCCAGGUCGUUGUUUUUCCAGCUUAGAAGCCAUGGCGUACCUCCAUUUUUGUGCGCUCUCCUAAUGAGCUUUUUCCCCCGGACAUUUUUGUACUAAUUAUCGCUUCUUUUGCUUUAUCGGCAGCAUAUUUUUGGAAUUAGAAUAUAUAUUUUUUUUCAUUCUUUGAAAUUCGUAUUUUAUCAUUUGAACUCUAAAUAUUUUGGAUCUAAUGUUUUUCCACGACCCGAAACUAAUAUCGACUUGGUCCUGGCGGCGGUGCAUGGAUCAGGUAGUAAAUACCUGGGCACAGGACUUCAAAGCAAACAGACACCCCUGGCCCCCUCUUAGUAUUUAAGAAUAAAAAGAUGAUGAGAAAUAAGGACAAAAGCCAAGGAGAGGAGGGUUCAGUCCACAGCAAUGCAUCGAGUCACUCGGCAUCCGAAGAAGCCUCUGGCUCUGACUCUGCAAGCCAGUCUGAAAGCGAGCAGGGCAGCGAGCAGGGCAGCGAGCAGGGCAGCGAGUCAAACAGCAGCUCGGAGUCCUCUGAGAGUCAGUCUGAAUCCGAAAGUGAAUCAACGGGUUCGAAAUCCCAGCAGACCCCUCCUGAAACCAAAGAAAAACCGGCCUCUAAGAAGGAAAGGAUAGCAGAUGUUAAAAAGAUGUGGGAAGAAUAUCCUGAUGUUUAUGGGGUUAGGAGGUCAAACCGAAGCAGACAAGAACCAUCGCGAUUUAAUAUAAAAGAUGAGGCAAGUAGCGAAUCUGAAAAUGAGAGCCCAAAACGAAGAGGCCAGAAGCAAAUGAAAAAAACAAAUAAAUGGAAAAGAGAGGUCUCUGGUGAAGAAGAGGAUGAAGAUGGAGGGGAGCAGGGUACCAGUGCAGAGAGUGAGCCUGAACCGAAGAAAGUUAAAGCAAGAAGACCUGCCCAGAGGAGAACAGUGGCGAAAACCAAUGUUAAAAAACCUCACAAACCCCAGCGUGGGAAGAAGAGGAAGAAACCGGACUCAUCUGAAGACGACGAUGACGAUGAAGAUGAUGAGACCCCCAAGAGACAAACUCGACGAAGAGCAGCCAAAAAUGUCAGUUACAAAGAAGAUGAUGAUUUUGAGACGGAUUCUGAUGACCUGAUAGAGAUGACUGGGGAAGGAGCUGAUGAACAGCAAGACAACAGUGAAACUAUUGAGAAAGUCUUGGACAUCAGGCUUGGAAAAAAAGGAGCCACUGGUGCUUCCACCACAGUGUAUGCAACUGAAGCCAAUGGCAACCCAAGUGCUGACUUUGACCCUGAAAAGGAUGAGGGAGAAGUUCAGUACCUGAUCAAAUGGAAAGGCUGGUCAUACAUCCAUAGCACAUGGGAGAGUGAAGAGUCCCUGCAGCAGCAGAAAGUGAAGGGCCUGAAAAAGCUAGAGAACUUCAAGAAAAAAGAGGAGGAGAUCAAGCAAUGGCUGGCCAAGGUAUCCCCUGAAGAUGUGGAAUAUUUCAACUGCCAACAGGAGCUGGCUUCAGAGCUGAACAAACAGUAUCAAAUAGUGGAGAGAGUAAUUGCCGUGAAGACCAGCAAGUCUGCGACGGGGCACGCUGACUUCCCAGCAAACAGUCGCAAAACAUCCUCAAAUGACCCUGAAUACCUGUGCAAGUGGAUGGGGCUGCCCUACGCGGAAUGCAGCUGGGAAGAUGAGGCUCUGAUAAGCAAGAAAUUCCAGCACUGCAUUGACAGCUUCAACAACCGUAACAACUCCAAAACAAUUCCUACCCGGGACUGCAAGGUAUUGAAGCAGAGACCAAGGUUUGUUGCCUUGAAGAAACAGCCUUCUUACAUUGGUGGUGAGAACCUGGAGCUGAGAGACUACCAGCUGGAGGGCCUCAACUGGCUCGCUCACUCAUGGUGCAAGAACAACAGCGUGAUCCUGGCUGAUGAAAUGGGCCUGGGGAAGACGAUUCAGACAAUAUCGUUCCUGUCGUACCUCUUCCACCAGCACCAGCUGUACGGCCCUUUCCUGGUGGUGGUACCUCUGUCGACUCUCACCUCGUGGCAGAGAGAGUUUGAAGUGUGGGCACCUGAGAUAAACGUGGUCGUUUACAUCGGAGACCUCAUGAGCAGGAACAUGAUACGUGAAUAUGAGUGGAUCCACUCUCAGUCUAAAAGGUUGAAGUUCAAUGCACUUAUUACAACAUAUGAGAUCCUCCUCAAAGACAAGGCUGUUUUGGGAAGUAUUAACUGGGCCUUUCUAGGCGUGGAUGAAGCCCAUCGGUUGAAAAAUGAUGACUCUUUGCUGUACAAAACAUUGAUUGACUUCAAGUCCAACCACAGGCUGCUGAUCACUGGCACCCCACUUCAAAAUUCCCUCAAAGAGCUCUGGUCCCUGCUUCAUUUCAUCAUGCCGGAGAAGUUUGAGUUCUGGGAAGAUUUUGAAGAAGAUCACGGGAAAGGUAGAGAGAAUGGCUACCAGAGCCUUCACAAAGUCCUGGAGCCCUUUCUCCUGCGCAGAGUGAAGAAGGAUGUGGAGAAAUCUUUGCCAGCCAAAGUGGAGCAGAUCCUCCGGGUGGAAAUGUCUGCUCUGCAGAAGCAGUAUUACAAGUGGAUUUUGACAAGAAACUACAAAGCUCUUUCAAAGGGAACACGGGGGAGCACAUCUGGUUUCCUGAACAUUGUGAUGGAGUUGAAGAAGUGCUGCAACCACUGCUACCUUAUCAAACCUCCUGAGGAAAACGAGAGAGAGAAUGGCGUUGAGACCCUGCAGUCUCUGAUCAGGAGCAGUGGAAAGCUAAUUCUCUUGGACAAGCUGCUGACCAGGCUGCGAGACAGAGGCAACCGAGUGCUGAUCUUCUCCCAGAUGGUGAGGAUGCUGGACAUCUUGGCAGAGUACCUGACUAUCAAACACUACCCUUUUCAGCGCUUGGACGGCUCGAUCAAAGGGGAGAUCCGAAAGCAGGCGCUGGACCACUUCAACGCUGACGGCUCCGAGGACUUCUGUUUCUUGUUGUCAACACGAGCUGGAGGGCUAGGAAUUAAUUUGGCCUCUGCUGACACUGUCGUUAUCUUUGACUCGGACUGGAACCCCCAAAAUGAUCUUCAGGCUCAGGCCCGGGCUCACCGCAUUGGACAAAAGAAGCAGGUGAAUAUUUACCGGCUGGUCACAAAGGGUACGGUAGAGGAGGAGAUCAUUGAGAGGGCCAAGAAGAAAAUGGUGCUGGAUCAUUUGGUGAUCCAGCGUAUGGACACCACUGGCCGGACUGUUCUGGACAACAACUCUGGGCGAUCCAAUUCAAAUCCAUUCAACAAAGAAGAGCUGACGGCUAUUCUGAAAUUUGGAGCUGAAGAUCUCUUCAAGGAGCUUGAAGGGGAAGAGUCAGAGCCUCAGGAGAUGGACAUCGACGAGAUUUUGCGUUUGGCUGAAACACGAGAGAACGAAGUGUCCACCAGUGCCACCGACGAGCUUCUCUCGCAGUUCAAGGUGGCCAACUUUGCAACCAUGGAGGAGGAAGAGAUGGAGCUGGACGAGCGGUCCCAGAAGGACUGGGACGAUAUCAUUCCAGAGGAGCAGAGGAAAAAGGUGGAGGAGGAAGAAAGGCAGAAAGAAUUGGAGGAAAUCUACAUGCUGCCUCGCAUCCGUAGCUCGACUAAAAAGGCACAAACGAAUGACAGUGAAUCAGAUGCGGAAACUAAGAGAAGGCUUCAGAGAUCAUCUGGAUCAGAAAGCGAGACUGAUGACACCGAUGACGAGAAGAGACCAAAGCGCAGGGGACGUCCUCGGAGUGUUAGAAAAGAUACCGUGGAAGGAUUUACUGAUGCUGAAAUCCGGAGGUUUAUCAAGGCUUACAAGAAGUUUGGACUGCCUCUUGAACGGCUGGAGUGCAUCGCCCGGGAUGCGGAGCUGGUGGAUAAGUCUGUAGCUGACCUGAAGCGGUUAGGGGAGCUCAUCCACAACAGCUGUGUGUCAGCAAUGCAAGAAUACGAGGAGCAGCUGAAAGAAAAUCCAAGUGAAGGGAAAGGACCUGGGAAAAGAAGAGGUCCUACUAUCAAGAUCUCUGGUGUCCAAGUCAAUGUGAAAUCCAUCAUCCAGCAUGAAGAGGAGUUUGAAAUGCUGCAUAAAUCCAUCCCCGCAGACCCAGAGGAAAGAAAGAAGUACCGCCUGACGUGCCGUGUCAAAGCUGCCCAUUUUGAUGUAGACUGGGGAGUGGAAGAGGAUUCUCGCUUGUUAGUGGGAAUUUACGAGCAUGGUUAUGGAAACUGGGAACUAAUUAAAACAGAUCCGGAGUUGAAGUUAUCUGAUAAGAUCCUACCUGUUGAGACAGAUAAGAAACCUCAGGGAAAACAGCUCCAGACCCGAGUUGAUUAUCUACUGAAACUGCUGAAGAAGGACCUGGACAAGAAAGAAAACAUGAAAGAUGGGGAAGAGGGCAAGCUAAAGAAGAGGAAACCACGAGUAAAGAAAGAGAACAAGGCUCCCAAAGUCAAGGAUGAGCAUGGGAACGAACUCUCCUCUCCUCGGCACUCAGACAACCAGUCAGAAGAGGGUGAAGUCAAGGAGGAUGGCUUGGAAAAGAGCCCAGUGAAAAAGAAACAGAAGAAGAAAGAGAACAAGGAGAACAAAGAAAAACAGACAAGCACUAAGAAAGAAAAGGAAAGCGAUAAAGAGAAGAAGAAGACAAAAGACAAGAAAGAGAAGCCUAAAGGUGGUGAAGCCAAAUCUGGAAGUAAAGGGAAGAGAUCGCAAGGUCCCGUCCACAUUACAGCGGGGAGUGAACCAGUCCCCAUUGGAGAAGACGAGGACGACGAUCUGGACCAAGAAACAUUCAGCAUAUGCAAGGAAAGGAUGAGACCAGUGAAAAAAGCUCUGAAGCAACUAGAUAAGCCUGAUAAGGGACUGACGGUUCAAGAACAGCUGGAGCACACACGCAACUGCCUCCUAAAAAUUGGGGACCGCAUCUCUGAGUGCCUUAAAGCCUACACUGACCAGGAUCUUAUCAAGCUAUGGAGAAGGAACCUAUGGAUAUUUGUGUCAAAGUUCACAGAAUUUGAUGCCAGAAAACUGCACAAACUCUACAAGAUGGCUCAUAAGAAAAGAUCACAGGAAGAGGAGGAGCAGAAGAAGAAGGAGGACAUGUCCAGCAUGAAGAAGCCGUUCCGCCCAGAGCCUUCAGGCUCCAGCCGCGAUUCUGUGAUGUCCCAGUCCCACGUGCCUCACAAUCCUCAUUCCCAGAAGCUCCACCUGCCCCCUUCCCACGCCCCGCAGCAGAUGCAUGGGCACCCCCGUGACAACUACGGCCAUCCCAACAAGAGGCAUUUCAGCAACACAGACAGGGGAGACUGGCAGAGAGAUCGAAAGUUCAACUACGGCGGCAACAGCAACCAGGUGUGGGGUGGGGAGCGGCACCACCAAUACGAGCAGCACUGGUACAAGGACCACCACUACGGGGACCGGCGAUCUCGUGGAGACCCCCACCGAAGCUCUGGGAACUACAGACCAAAUAACCUCUCCCGCAAGAGGCCCUAUGAACAGUACAACAGUGACCGAGACCACAGAGGCCACCGAGAUUAUUAUGACAGGCACCACCAUGACUCCAAGCGCCGACGAUCCGAUGAGUUCAGGCCUCAGAAUUACCACCAGCAGGAUUUCCGACGGAUGUCUGAUCACAGGCCACCCAUGGGAUACCAUGGCCAAGGACCUUCGGACCACUACCGGUCCUUCCACGCAGACAAAUCGGGAGAUUACAAACAGCCUCUCCCUCCACCUCACCCCGCAGUGUCGGACCCUCGCUCACCCCCGUCUCAGAAAUCUCCUCACGACUCCAAGUCGCCCCUCGAUCACAGGUCACCUCUGGAUAGGUCGUUAGAACAGAAAAACAAUCCAGAUUAUAACUGGAAUAUUCGGAAAACAUAAAGUGACCAAGGGGGGGAAGCGCACAUCUUGAAAUACUUGGUCUGAUGCAACAGCCAGAAACUCUGAACAUGCUGCUAUCAUCUUUGCUGGGUCAAGGAGGACUUUGGGGGAGCAGGUAGAAGACUCUCCCUCACUCUCAGUUCUGUUCUGGAUUCCCAUUUCUUUUCCGCCCUUUCUCCCAUUGAACGUUGGAACCAGACUUACUGCCUCAUUCUUUGCUUUGGUUUUGUUUCCUCCAGUCCAAUGGGCGCAAGGGAAUUUUCCCCAACCACAGUGUUUCCCCAAAACCAAGAAGGCAGAUUGCUGCUGCUUAGGAUUGUGCAGAAGGCCGUGUGCCUGUGCUGACUUGAUGUUACAUGACAGAUGCUGCUUUGGGAUUGGGGAUAAACUGGUUGGGCUGGGCUUUGUGUGUAACCAGCAUAGGCCACUGGGAAGACAUAUUCCAGGAGGGUCCCUCAGCAGCCAAGCUGUUGCUGUCACAGGGCUUGGUUGAAAGAGGGGCUCAAUGUCACUUCAGAGUGACUCCAAAGGAGUAGGAGCCUUGCUGGUGACAAUCCAUCACUUUUCUGGCCACAUUGUCAUUUCUUAUGUCUUUAACCAUUUCAAGAAACUGCUCUGACUGCCAUUGUGUCCCCUGCAGCAGACGUGGGGUGGGGGAUCCAGGGCUGGAACUGUCAAGUCUUGACUCUGGGAGUCUUUGGGAUAUGUGAAGAAAGACAGACUUCCUUAGCAAAAGCUAAGCUCACUUAUAAUGACUAGGAAAGAAACUGGGGUGAGAGCAGUAUUUACCAGUGGACAGGGCUCAGGAGUUGAUAACAAAACUCCUCUUCUCUUCUGACAUGGGCGGCUUGGAUGUCCAGGAAUUAACACAGAUGCUGGCUGGGAGCUGCAAGGUACCAGGACAAAAGAUGGCUCUAGGCAUCCGGGGACCUUGAAGCUCCUAACCUCCCUGCCACUGAAGUACUCUGGUUUCUGGGCAUUUCUCUCUGUGCUUCACAAAACAGUGAUCACAAACCUGUAGUACAACUGAAAGGUAAAGGGUGGUAGAGCAGAGUUAAAUGGGAAUCCAGAGACUAAUCUCUGUCCAGGGAAUUGUCACCAGUCACCUUCCUGCCACCGUUCAGCAGUAGCUCCGAAUUGCUGAGAGUAACAGCACUGCUACUGCUGUCUGUCUGAAUUAGAAAUGUACCUGGGAGCUUAGCACUUAAGUGAGCAGGGAGAAAAUGAGAAAUUCAGGACUAGGUACUUAAAAAUCCCUGGAGCACGUCUUAGAAGCCCAGCAUAGCAGAGGGAGAAGAGGGGUUUGCAGCCCAGCUUGGUGGGCUUCAGAGCAAACAUUCCUCCAAGUGUUCGAGUCAUUGCAUAUGAUGCAGAACAGUGCCCGGCUGGUGGCAUGGUGUGAGUGGUUACACACAGGUUGCUGGCCAGAAGUCGAGUGGGUGAUUUCUUUUUAGGUUCGAGGCCUUGGGUAGUAGAGUCACGUCUCUGCAGACUACAAAGCUCUCCCAACAGCUGGGCUGCCCAGAGCACGGUGUCUGGGGAUGCGUCAUCUCCUGGAGCUCAGUGUUAAAGAUCAGGCUGUUCCUGACCGCUCUUCUUGAUGGGGGGCAGAAGUUGGGGAUCCUGUUAAGAUGCCAGUAUAUGACCCUAAUAAGCUGUGAUGUCCUUUCCCUGAAAGACUGAGGGGUGUUGAGGGCUGGCUUCCCCACUCCGACCAGUACUUUGGAAGGCGCACACAAAUCGACACUAAUCCCCUGCCUCUCCCCUCUGCCCGGAGCUGAAGGAGUUGGGUCCCUUGAAGUCACAGCGUGCACACCCUGCUCAGAGCCCGCUGCUGUGUCCCACUGCGCCUUCAGAAGAGCGCCCAGCACCACCGUGAUGCUUUAGCAGGAGGCCACAACCCCGUGCUGCUGCGUGCUGGGCAAGCACCAGGCCUCUUGGGGCCAAGCUCAGCGUGGAUAUAGACAUCAAGUCGUGGCUCUGGGAUGCCAGAGUUUGUAUUUUAUUCUUCUUUUGCAAGACUUCACCAAACUCACCAAACUUCACCAAACUCACCAGAAGCAGUUUUGCUUCUGUAGAGGGGGAACCAGCAUGGGCAGCGCUGCGCUGCCCCGAGUAAGUGUUAUGCUUGUGCUCAUCUGCGCAGGAGGCGAGGGCAAGUCUUCCACAGGGCCCCUGGGGCUGGCGGGGGGGAGGAGGUGUUGAGAUAGCGUGUUAACGCCGCGUAUUUCACUAAGCUGUGAUUGCAGGCGCGCUUGCUGUGGUAUUCAACAGAGGUCCUUUCUUUUCAGAGGUAUUAGCUUUUAAUGUGAAAAUGGAAGAAACCUCAGAGGGGCGAAGAGAAAUUGCUCUUUUCGUUCACAACGUGGUGCUAUCAUGAUGGAAAGUUUGUGCCAUACAAGUCGUAGCAAGAGGCAGUACUGGCCAGACCAGUGUUAUGGUUGGUGCAGGAAAACUGAACCCCAGUGGGAGGCAUUUUCUGUGUCCAUACACGAGGAGUUCUGCUUGUCCUGUGUUGCAGGGGUGAGGUGGUUUGGGGUUUCCUUCUUGAAACCAGUGCAACAGCAAAAACUUUGUCUAUAUCCAGCAAAGAGUGGUCCCCACAUUGGCCUGAUACUGAACAGUCACCUAGUUUGGUUUGCUCACGGGGGUGGGUCUUCGCUGGGUUGGACUUUAAUAAAGCUGGAGAACUCGAUUUGGGGGAAAGUCCUCCCCAAGCACACGCACGCGUGCACACGCAUUUUAUGUCCCAUCAGAAUAGGGACCAUAACCAGACAUAGUCACUUGGGUGUGAAUGGGAUCGCAGGGGACAGGUCCACAGCCAAAAAUGUUACUGCAGUGUCUGUGUCAGCAUCUGGUACAGCUCUUCCUUCUGAGCCAGCUGCGGGGUUCCCUCUAGCCUCUUUGCAGGAGAAAGUAGCAAAAUGCUGUAGGUUUUUUGUUUGUUUCUUUGUUUAAAAUAAUUUUUCAGCCUGACCCCUUUGGAAAUGGUGUAAAGUUUUGAAUUCAGAUGAUGGAAAUCCUGCAGACCAAAACCUGCUGCAGACAGGCGAUGCGGUGCCCAAGCAGGGUGGGUACUUAACAGCUCUUUGAAGCCCUUACGUGAACAGUUUAAGUGAUCCACACACAAAUACUAUUCUGCUUUCACUCAUUUCCUCCCGACCUCCACCUCCCCUCCGGGGAGAGAAGGACUCUUACUGUAAAAAUGUGGACUUUUAAACCUGUUGACUAAAAAAACAGUAAUUAAUAUUAAUUUAUAUUUGUGAAAAAAUGCCACUGUCCUAGUGAUUUCUGAUGUAAAUAUGUUGUUUAUAUAGUAUGUAUUAAAUUUUCCUACAUUGUAAAACUGCUGUACUUUUGAUUCUUGUAUAUUAAAAAGUGUUCCUGAGAU